AUGGGGAAGGCUGGCACGGCCGGGGGUGGGGCGGAGGCCCUCCCACAGUCGCGCUGGGCAGCUAGCGCGUCUAGGUACUGCUCAGGAAAUGCAGGGCUACAGGAAGAAUCCCCUGAUCCUCAAGGAGUGUUAGAAGUGGCUAAUAUAAACAAGUUUGUUACUGAAGAAGGAAUUGUUCUUCCAAGGAAGAAAACCUGGGACAAAUUAGCAGUCCUCCAAGCACUCGCAUCAACAGUACACAGGGAUCCCACAGCUUCACACUCAACGUUUCAAGAUGACCCUUAUCUUAUUCCUAGAACCAGUACUGAGUUUCGUUUAUUUUUCAUGUCAAAAGAGUCCGGGAAAAAUGCAGCCAAAUACAUAGUUAACACAAAUCCUGGAUUUUUUAAGAAGGACAUCGCUGAACCUCAUAUACCAUGUCUAAUGCCGGAGAAUUUGGCAUUGCAACUUGAAGAAAUGACCGAGGCGGCACUUAAAGAACGGAUCCAGCUCAGAAAAGUGAAAGCUGCCAUAGACAUGUAUGAUCAGCUCCAACAAGCAGGAACUUCCAUAUCUCUGGAGACAUCAAACAGUCUUCUGGAUCUCUUAUGUUUUUAUGGAGACAGGGAACCUGUUCAGGCAACCCAUUCUGCAGACAACAGGGAAUUGGAAGAACAGGAGGAAGAGGUGGAAGCCAGAAAGCAGAGAAGCAGCAUGUGGCGUACUUCUGAUACCACUUGCUUUAAGUGGAGGGAGAACAACAGCGCUGAGAGGAUAUUCAACCUUAUGCCAGAGAAAGAUGCGCAUUCAUAUUGCACAAUGAUCAGAGGAAUGGUGAAGCACAGAGCAUACUCCAAGGCUUUUGACACGUACACUGACUUGUUGAACAACAGGCUUAACGGUGAUGUGUACACCUUUAAUGCAUUAAUUUCAUCAGCUGUAGAAGUAAAAAAUAAAUAUGCUGAACGAUGGGAGCUUGUUGAAGACUUGCUGAGGCAGAUGGCUCAACAGAAUGUGCAGCCAAACCUGCUAACCUUUAAUUCGGUGAUGAAGGUGCUGGGGCAGUGCGGUUCUCUAGGCAGGAGUCUGGCCUUGCAGACCUUGAGCGAGAUGAGGGCGCUCCGUAUAGAACCUAGCCUGGCAACGUAUGACUAUCUUCUUGGUGUAUUUUAUAAAUCUGCCAUAUCUGCACGCGGCCCAACAGAGAUUAUCUAUGAAGUAGUGGAUGAGAUUGAAGGAAAGAACUUUUCUCCCCAGGACCCAGCUGAUGCUAAUUUUUUUUCAAAUGCUAUGAGAAUCUGUUUGGAUAUAAAGGAUGUUCAGCUCGCCUAUAAGUUACACAGCGUGGUGGAGACAGGAGAAAACUGGAGAUUGAUGGGAGUCAUGUUCCAGCAGACCUCUUAUUGUGGAAGGUUUUUACAUUUGUUGUGCAUGAUGGAACAUCUUGAUGUCGUUCUGAAGUGGUACAGAGAACUGGUUCCUUCAAUGUUUUACCCAAACUCUGAAGGAAUGCUGGAUCUUCUUCGAGCACUUGAUGCAGCCAACCGUUUGGAUUUGAUUCCCCAGAUUUGGAAAGAUAUCAAGCAGCUGGGACAUCGUUACAGGCCUGCUCUUGUGGAGGAGGUUCUGGGUCUGAUGGCCAGAGACAGGCAGUCUCCAGAGACUCAGGUGGCUUUUGCUGAUUGUGCUGCAGAUAUAAAAUCUGUCUAUGAAGUACAGGAAGGAAACCACAUCCCGCUAGAAUGGACAGCUGUUUCUCUGGGUAACUCUGCUCUCCUGUUUGCUAGGGCAGGGAGAACACAAGAAGCCUGGAGCAUGCUGCAGCUCUUUAAGAAACACAACCGAGUCCCCAGUGAUUCGGUGAUGAAUGAGGUACUGAACUGCAUUAAGCAAAGCAACCACCCAGAUCAGGCACUUGACCUGGUGAAGCUGGCUGCAGAUUUCAGUUUACAGUCAACUUCAAAGCUUGCUGGGAGAGUGCAGAAGGAAUUCGAACUCUCUGAAGAGCAAAGGUACAUACAGUUUUGA